AUGAAACGAACGAACAGCCCCUGCGCCGAGAUCUUCGAAACAAACGUGCCCCGUCCCAUCACGGACACUAUUUUAUCCGACUGCCGACCGCCGCGGUACCAGGACCAGAUACUGCGACUGCGCGAGGAGGGAGAGGACGCAGAUGACGAAGGCGGGCUAGACGAUGAGGACUGCGAAGAAGAGGGCGAUGAUGAGGAAUCAAUAAGCCCUCUCCUAGUUGAAGAUGAGGAUGAGGGCAAGGAUGAGGACGAGGAUGAAGAAGUAGAAGCAGAUGACGAGGAGCAAGAUUCUUCCGAUUCCGAAGCGGAGGGAGCCAACGGAGAAGACUCCUCAUCAUCCUCGGAUUCCUCCGACUCUGAAGAAGAAACAUCCACCACCGCCAUCUUCGCGCCCAGCUCGACCGGACAACCUCUACUCACUUUAACAACGGUCCCGUCCUCACUUCUAUCACCAUCCCCUCCUACUUCAGCUGCAACCUCGAUAACUCGCGAAACUCAGACCUCCGCAAUCACCGGGAGCCCAGCCAUCUCCAAUGACGGCGGCAAUAACCUCGUCGCUCUCCUCCCCCCAAUGGUCACAUUUUCCAACAUCGGCCUUCCACCGGCCGACCUCCUAGGCAUAUCUGCGACUACUCUUCCGUCAACAGACCCUAGCGCUACCGUUCCUGCUGAUCCCCAAGUUGGUGAUGCGAAUGCGGCCGCGCAAAGCAAUACAGCCGGCCAAACUACCGGGAUCGUGACUGGUGUCGCAGCAGGCUUCGCACUAAUCUUCACGGGAAUCUGGUACUUUCGCAAAAAACGUCUCGCAGCCUCCGACGCAGAUCCGCUCACCGAAAAGUCCCCGUCCUCUCCACAAGGAGAGCGAAUUUCGCCUCCUCUAUCUCUCUCCAGUGCGCAGAUGGUCGGUGGGCAGCUUCCGAGGCAGAUGUGGUCUGAUUCUAUGAGGGACUUGGAGGAGCAGGUUCGUGUGGCAUAUGUUGCUGAGCAGAGGGAGGGAGGACGGGCGGUGUGA